AUGCUAUCAUCUCUCCUUGCCCUCGGCCUCGCCGUGACCACGGCUGAAGAUGCCGUCGUGCGGACCUCGGGCUGCCAGUUACACCUCUCGGCCUCGGGAGCCAUCUCUGGUCCUGUCGGCGAGAUUUCGUCUGGCCAGGUGCGAGCUGGCGGCGGAGUGUCAUCGACCAGGUUUAGUCUGCAGGGAGCUCAGCUCUGGGACGACAAGGGACGUGGAUGCUGGUGGACUCCGCCGGCACAUGUGCUGCAGUGCGACCAGAACCAGAAGCCAGACGACGGAUUCGACGUGGGCUGUAACGGCAGCGUCUCGUACGAUGGGCAGACGGAGUUUUGGGAGUGCCAGACGGGCGAGGAGGGCCAGAAUAACGUUUACCUGGAGGACGGGCACGGCGUCAACUGCAGCAAGAUUACGCUCAAGGCGGACAGCUGCCGCUCGGAAUGCCCUCCGCCUACUCCUACUCCUACGACUGCUCCCCCUCCUCCUCCUCCUGCAAAGUCGUGUCCGGCGAACCUCGACGGUGCUUAUGAGUUUCCGCAUCUCAUCAUUCCUGUUGACAAGGCCGAUCCUGACAAGGCCCCUGGGACGUCGUACUUUGGGGAGGUGUCGAGCACCGUUUCGUCCAUCUUCAACUUUGACAUUCCCAGGGGCGACAAGGGCAAGAAGUGCAGCCUUGUGUUUCUGUUUCCCGAGCAAAAGGACCUGCAGACAUCGUCCUUUACGUUUUCUGGUUCGGGCGCGCUGGAGUUUGCCUGGCUGGAGAGGCCUGCGAGCCAGGGCACGACGUGGAACAACAAGCCGGGCGUGAAGAAGGAUUUCGGGACGACGACGGUGGCGCCUGGGCAUGGGUAUGUGGUUUCGACGUUUGAGUGUCCGGCUGGAGAGGCGGUUGCUUUUGGAGUUUCGGCGGCCAAUGGGGGAGGGAGUGAGGUUAGGUGGUUUCAGGACUUUAAUCCGGCGCCUAUUGGGUUGUAUAUCACCAAGUGCUAG